UUCUGCUAUUCGAUUUUUCCCAAAACAUUUUCGCACAUGUGUUUUACAAAUAAAUUCUCUCCCUUUGGUUUGUAAUUUUUCUGAUUUUAUCUUUAUGCUACUAUUUUAUAUGCCAAUUAAAUCGUUUAUAAUCGUACAACACAAUCACAGAAAUCGCCCAGUCUUUUCUGAAUCUAUGCGCCUUGUAUCCCUGUGCUGCAGUAUUCCUACAGUGAACUGCUGACACGUCACCAUCUGAUAGCCAGGAGCCAAACUGUAUCGCACACCUCUCUCUGUUGUUGAUGCCCUGUGGAUUCCACGGUUAAUUCCUCGAUCCCUGCGACACUCUCCCACACCAUGUAUCCCGCGCCGCAGCCAUCCGGCGCUCCGGCUGCCGUCCCCAAUGGACUGCCGCAGCCGCCGAGUUUCCAGAAGACUCCACUGCAGUCCCAGACGGCGCCGUCGUUUAAUCCCCAGUUUCAGACAGGCAUGCAGAAUAUGAACAAUCAAUUCGGGAAUAUGAAUAUACGCCCGGACGGUGCACCCCACAUGCUGCCCCCGAAUCCGGCGGCGGUGCCCCGCGGUAUGGCCCCUGCGAUGACGUCGCAGCACGGUGCUCCGCAGUUUGCACCAGCGAUGUCAGCGCCGAUGGCGAAACCCAGCCCGGCGCUUUCCAAUCCCAAUGUGCCUCUUCCUCAGUCGCGAAUGCCCCAGUUUACCCCGGGCCCUGCACCUGGACAGGCUAAUGGGCCGAUGCGACCCGCGACGCCUUCGUUUCCGAAUAGCGCUGCUGCGCCACAGCCGCUUAAUACUGCACAAAAUCCUGGUGCUCUACCCAGAUUCCCCCAAGCUCCACGUUUCGCCAAUGGUCCACCCGUUGGCCCUCCUGGAGCACUCACCCAGCCUUCGCCAACGGGUGCUAAACCGUUCUCCCAGCCCGACAUGACCCCUCACAAUCAGCCCUGGGCACAACCCAACGCCGUCAACGACCACCAGCAUCACGAGCAGCAUCAUUCGGCGCCAAAUUUCGCGCCUUCCCACCCCGCUGCCCUCUCCGCACCGAGCGGCGCGCCUUCCACCGGCCCUGCGCCCUCCAUGGGCGGUGGUUUUCCCUACGGAGCCAUGCCUCCGAAUAUGAAUGCAGCUCCCCAAACCUUUCCUCAGCAAGCCAAUACCCCGCAAGGAAUGCAACCGCCAUUUGGCGCUGUUCCGCCGCCGGCUGGAGGGAUGUAUUCACCAUCGGGGUAUGGGAAUGCGCCUGAAGGAUACAGCGCUCCUCCGCCCAUGCUUCAACAGAAUCAGUUUGCCGGGGCACCAGGAGGACCACCCCCGGGGAUGUAUCCGCCACCGGGAUCGGGGGCACCGACUGGUCAACCUCCGGGGAUGUACCCGCCACCGGGACCACCCGGAGCUGGCCAGUAUGGUGGUGCGGGUGCUCCUCCAGGCGGCAUGCCCGGUGGAAUGUAUCCACCCAACGCACAGCCUCCGCCGGUCGGAUUCCCUGGAGCAUUCCCGGGUGCUCCGCCCAUGAUGAACGGACAGCAGCAGUUUAUGCAGGGUCCCGGUGUGCCUCCCAUGGGUUCAGCUCCAUUUAUGGGUCAAGGAGCAAGGAAACCAGGCGCCGGCCCGAGUGGUGGUUUAACGAAUGACGGAUUGCCGAGUGUUAUUGACGUCCUGGACAGAGACAUAAAUAACAACGGUGGCCAGUACUUUGAGAGUCGUUUAGCAUCGGUACUACCGCCGCUGGUGACGACAAAAGCCCCUAGUCGCGAUAUGGGCAACACCAUCCCGGAGUUGCUGCGGUCAUCCCUCUAUGUGGCGCCGGCCACCACCAAUUUGCUCAAAGAGUCGGGAAUACCGUUUGUUCUUCAUAUGCAGCCCAUGGCAGAGUUGCCGGCGGACAGUCCCCAGAUCCCCAUUGUGUACCACGGAGAUCAGGGUCCCGUUCGGUGUAAUCGGUGCAAAGCGUACAUGUCGCCUUAUAUGAAGUUCAUCGACGGCGGCAGAAAGUUUCAAUGUCCAUUCUGCUUUGUGGCGACGGAAGUUCCGCAGCAUUACUUCCAGUACCUUGAUUCGGAGGGACGUCGUGUUGAUAUGAUGCAGCGACCGGAAUUGUGCUUGGGAACAUAUGAGUUUCUUGCCACGAAAGAUUACUGCAAGCAUGAGAAACUGCCCGAACCACCGGCAUUUAUCUUCAUGAUCGAUGUCAGUUACCGGGCCAUUUCCUCGGGAUUUGUUGGGAUGGUGUGCAACAUGUUGCGGAAUGAACUAGAGUCGCUUUUGCCGGUCGAGACAACGGGGCAGGAUUCGAAGCUGCGGGUUGGCUUUGCGACAUUCAGCGAUAGCGUCCACUUUUUUAAUCUGAAGGCUAAUCUGAAUAAACCCAGUAUGAUGACGGUGAAUGAUUUUACGGAUAUGUUCGUCCCUAUUGUGGAUGGCUUUCUGGUGAAACUGGAGGAGAGUGGAAAAAUGCUGGACUCACUCCUUGAGUACAUCCCUCAGAUCUUUGCAAACAGUCGUGAAACCGACACCAUUCUUUAUCCUGUGAUACAGUCCGGAAUGAGAGCUCUCGAAGCGGCGGGAUGCCCGGGUAAAUUGUUUGUCUUCAACUUCUCCCUUCCGGUGUUGGAUGCUCCAGGCAAACUGAAGAAUCGAGAGGACCGAACACUGCUAGGUACGGACAAGGAGAAAACCUUGCUGAAGCCGCAAAUCCCUGACUACAGUAAACUGGGCGAAGAGUGUGUCAGUGUGGGAUGCUGCGUGGAUCUGUUUCUCUUUCCGAACCAGUAUGUGGAUGUGGCCACUAUCGGGGAGGUGUCGCGCAUGACUGGCGGUCAAAUCUACAAGUAUAAUUUCUUCCAGCCUGAUAAAGACGGGAAUCGGUUUUUGUGGGAUCUUCGGCAUGAUCUGAAACGGAAUAUCGCUUUCGAUGCCGUGAUGCGAGUGCGAACCAAUGCCGGUGUGCGGCCGACAGAUUACUUUGGCAACAUGUACAUGCCGAACACGACGGAAGUUCAUCUAGCGGCGUUGGAUUCGGAAAAAGCCAUUCUGGCCGAGAUUAAACAUGACGACAAGUUGGAAGACAAGUCUAUUGUGCAUAUACAGGUCGCGCUUCUUUAUACCAGUCUGAGCGCCCAACGGCGAGUGCGGGUUAUGAACUUGGCCUUGAAUGCCUCCACCGAAUUCCCUGAAAUGUACCGCUGCGCUGAGAUCGAUGUUAUUAUGAACUUCAUGAUGAAGAACAGUCUUAAAGGAUUGUUCGAGUUUUCUCCUGCGGCGAUUCGAGAGGGUUUGGCGGAGCGCACUACCAAAAUGCUGGUGGCGUACCGGAAACACUGCAGUUCUCAGACGCCCGCCGGACAGUUGGUUUUACCAGAGAGUUUGAAAUUGCUUCCGAUCUAUACAAAUUGUUUAUCACGGAGCGAUAUUGUCUCAGGAACAGGAAGCGAUGUGGGAGCAGAUGACAGAAGCUGGUUGAUUGCUCACGCCAACGCCCUUCCUGUUGAACACUCGACAGCUUUCUUGUAUCCUCGGCUGUACGUACUCAAUGAAGUGACGGCCGAGAAUCCCGACUAUUUCAGACAGAUCCGCUGCACACAAGAAAAGAUGCAAGAGACCGGCUGUUACUUGUUGGAGAACAGCAUCGGCAUGUUUCUGUGGGUCGGACGAAAUGUGGACGGCCAGUUUCUGCAGGAUGUUUUCGGAGCUCCCACAACCGCUCAAAUCGAAGUCGAUAAGGUUGGUGACCUGGUGCUUAGCGCAACGAAAAAUCCAGCGGUCGAUCGGAUCAAACGCUUUAUUGACCGAACGCGGGCAACGCGGCCGCUGCACAUGCGCUUGACCAUCGUCCGCCAAGGUGACGCGACGCAGGAGAACUGGUUCCGGCGCUUCCUGGUGGAGGAUAAAGGCGUCAAUGCCGUGCAGCAGUCUUACGUGGAUUUUAUUUAUUAUUUGUAUAAUCAGAUCAGAGAUGAACUGGAAAAAUAGAUCAGAUCUUAUGUUUAUUAUGAAUAUUUUUUCCUGUGCUACCUGCCUAUAUUUUCGCUGCAAUCUUGGCUGUUGUUCUUUUCUGGUGGUCUUUUGGUUAAAUUUUUUAAAGUGAUGUCUACCGAGCGUCAUGCCCGUUAAAUGUUUUUCGAGAUUCUAGUGUAUUCAAAUUAAAUUCAAUGAAGC